AUGAGGGAAGACGACGGCUGGCCGAGCGCCGCCGAGGCCGACAGCUCCCGCGACGGCUUCGACGACACCGAGGACCCCCGGGGGACUCCCCGGCGGGACCCCCCGGACCCCUCCCGCCCCACCUGCGAGCUCUGCGGGAAAAGCUUCACCUCGGACACGUCCCUGAGCCGCCACCUGCGCGCCCACCCGGGCGGGGCCCCCUUCAGCUGCUUCCGCUGCCGCAGCGCCUUCCCGUGCGGUGCCGCGCUGCGGGAGCACCUGGGCACGCCGUGCCAGCCGCGCCCGCACAAGUGCCGCACCUGCCCCAAGCGCUUCGCCUCCGCCCGCUCGCUGCAGAAGCACCGGCGCGUCCACCUGGACGGCGCCCUGCGCUGCCCGGACUGCGGCAAAACCCUCACGUCCAAGGCGUCGCUGGUCACCCACCGGCGCAUCCACACCGGGGAGCGCCCGUUCGCCUGCCCGGACUGCGGGAAGGGUUUCAUGGCCACCAAGUCGCUCAGCAAGCACCGGCAGGCGCAGCACGCCGGCGGCUUCGUCUGCGGCGACUGCGGCAAGAGCCUCUCGUCGCACCCCGCGCUCGUCGCGCACCGCCGCAUCCACACCGGGGAGCGGCCCUACGAGUGCCCCGACUGCGGCAAGGGCUUCAUGGCCGUCAAAUCGCUCAGCAAGCACCGCAAAACGCACCGGGACGGGCCCGCCGCGCCCGCGCCCUGCCCCGACUGCGGCGACGGCGGGGCGGCCGCGCCUUGCCCGCACCGCCGGCGGAUCCUCGGUGACGGCCCCGGGGCAGCGCCCGCGGAGCCGCCGCGACCCCUCGGGAACGGCCCCGGUGUGCCCCCGGAGCUGCCGCGACCCUUCGGGGACGGCCCCGGUGUGCCCCCGGAGCUGCCGCGGCCACUGGGGGACGGCCCCGGGGCAGCGCCGGAGCUGCCGCGGCCGCUCGGGGACGGCCCCGGGGCAGCGCCGGAGCCGCCGCGACCCCUCGGGGACAGCCCCGGAGCACCCCCGGAGCCGCCGCGGCCCCUCAAGCGCCGCCGCCCCGCGUGCGAGCAGUGCGGGAAGGCGUUCCGGGACGGCGCCGCGCUGCGGCGGCACCGGCGCGUCCACACCGGGGAGAAGCCGUUCGGCUGCAGCGAGUGCGGGAAGAGCUUCCGCACCAGCUCCAGCCUCGUCAUCCACCGGCGCAUCCACACGGGCGAGAAGCCGUACCCCUGCUCCCAGUGCGCCAAGAGCUUCGUGUCGCGCUCGUCCCUCAUGAAGCACCUGCGGACUCACCUGCGCAAGGAGCUGCUGGAGGCGGCGCGGCCCUGA